CGCAGAGCGCAGAGGGGGGAAGGGAGAAGGGGGAGGGAGGAGAGGAAGAAAGCCGACGUCAGACGGCGGUGGGGCGGCUUUACGUUGAGGGGUAGAAAGAGAAUAAUUACGUCCCGAAGAAAGGCGACUCGAGUGAAUGAGCGCGUGGAGGGUUGCGCCGCGCGUGGAAGACAAAACCAGCGUUUCAAAACAAAGGAGAGCUUCUUCUUCUUCUUCUUCUACGCCUGCAGAAACCUCUCCACCACGCUGACUUCCCACGGUGCCAUGGCCGAGGGAAGCUGCUUCGGUGCGCUGUAGCUAUUUGGCGUGACCAGAGCCGGACCUUGCCCUCGGAGGAGGAAAGAAAACAUCGGCUCAGAUAAGGAUAGGAGCCAAACAAGGAAUCUGCUGGACCUUUCUGUUUAUCAGGGAAAGGAAUUUAAACUCUGUUGCUUCAAGAUUAUUAUUAUUUUUUUUUAUCAUCGGCUGUUGCCAUCUCGGAAAGAGUUGACGCCAUGUGCCAUGUUAUUGUAACAUGCCGCUCCAUGCUGUGGACGCUGCUCAGCAUCGUUGUGGCCUUUGCCGAGCUCAUCGCCUUCAUGAGCCCCGAUUGGCUGCUGGGAUUCCCUCGGUCGGACCCCAGCGCGGGCGGGGCGGGCGUGGGCUCCGGGGACUACCGGCCGUCUCUCGGCCUCUACAGUAGAUGCCUUCGUGUCGGGUCCCGGGGAGUGAUGGUGAGCUGCGGGCCCUACGCCGGGGCCUUUGAGGAAGUGGCCAGCGGCUUCUGGCAGGCGGCCAUGUUGUUUCUGGCCGCUGGGAUAUUAGUGCUGGGAGGAGUGGCCUGUAUCUCCGUGUUCAGCAUGUGCUUCCAGAGCAUCAUGAAGAAGAGCAUAUUCAACAUCUGCGGAUUGCUCCAGGCCAUCGCAGGCCUGUUGCUGAUGGUGGGCCUCAUGCUGUACCCCGCCGGUUGGGGUUCAGACAAGGUGAUCGGCUACUGCGGGCCCGAGGCCUCGCCCUUCAGGCCGUCUCUGUGCUCCCUCGGCUGGGCGUUCUACGCGGCGAUAGGGGGAACGUUGGGAUCCUUCCUGUGCGCCGUUUUGUCCGCACAGGCAGAGAUCGCCACCUCCAGCGAUAAGGUCCAAGAGGAGAUCGAAGAGGGGAAGAGUCUGAUCUGCCUGCUCUGAGCCUUUUUACGAACCUUCGGUGGAAAUGCCAGGAAAUCGUCCUUGUGUGAUUUCUGCUUGCGUGGACACUUGUAGAUCUCAGUGGAGGGAGGACGGACAUUUCUCUGAAUGAUUAUCUUCAAGCUAGGCAUGGAUAAAAUCAACGAUUGUUGAAAAGAUGGAAGACUCUGUGACAGCUUCAAGCUGAGCGGUUAAACGGACAAAAGGGCUCCGGCACAGCAGCAGGCCAAUGAACUUUGCCUGUAGACCAAUGUUUUUUGACCCGUGAUAGUGUUUUUAUAUUUGUACUAAUUCUCACCUUAAACAAACCACUGUGCUGGAAUAGAUUAGUUUAGAGGAGUUGGUAGUGGAUGCGUCGUUAGUGUUCCUGUGGACAGACUAACAUCGGCCGUUUCUCAAUAUGCGUUCUUGUCCGUACUUGUGUUCUCGUGGACUUGUGAAACGUCAUCAGUCGCGGCCCAAGUACUGCCCGGAUGUGACUUGAUCCGCCCAGUUUCCAAAGGAUGCAUCAGAGGAGACUUGUGCGUACUUUGGACAGCCAAUAUCCCACAAUGCAUUUCGCACCAGCGACUGGGAACAAUGGCGGAGGAGAAAAUACUCAAAUGAAAGUUUACUUUUUAUAAAUACUACUGUUGUUGAGUCACGGAAUGUAAUUUUAGGAUGUUUUCAGGCGAGAAGUUAUUAGUUUAAGCAUCAAAUCCGUUGUCGGUUUGUCGAGAUUCAGCCGAUAAAAAAUAUGCGCCGACGGUUUCGGAGAUUUGAGCGAGCCUGCAGCCCCGGGCGGUCAGCGCUCAGUAUGGCCGCCGAGAACAGCCUGAUGUCGGCAGGACGUUUUUAAACGAUCCGCUGGCUCUGAUGUCUCCGUAGCGGUUACACAUGAAAUAUCAUUAAGGUUUAGAGCACAAAGAGUUUUUUAUUAUUAUUAUUAGUUAAACCCUCUAACUGAGGGUUGCAAUUACAUGUGUUAAUAUAACUAUAUAUAUAUAACAAUUUAAAAAACAAAUUUCUCUUUUUACAAUGAAUAAUUGGAGUAAACUCAUGAGCACGAACAGCUGACGUGGUGACGUCAUCAAGUUCGCUGCUGUUCCAAUUGCAGAAAGACCGUCCUGAGUCCUCCGGAACUCCAAAAGAACACAAGUCUGUACUCAGCGUACUUUGGAUUGAGAAACGGCCAGUGUGUAGGUGUGUAACGCCAUUAUAUGUUCAUUCCCACGGUUCACCUGCAAACCACAGCAAACCACUGAACACUACCAGAUGUCUGCACUAAGCUCCCAGCAACAGAUCGCAUGCGUGUGUGUGUGUGUGUGCGUGCGUGUGCGUGUAUGUGUGCGUGUGUGUGUGUGUGUGUGUGUGUGAGACAGACAUGGAAUUUUGAGGUUUCUAAACGUCCACAUGCUCCCGAUUGUACGGCACAGCAGGACAGUAAGACGAGCUAACGUUACGCCGCUUCACGGAUUGUCGUUUGCAGCUUGAUAACUGGUAGAGUAUGUGAAAAGGAGCAGAAAAGGAAUAGGGGCUCAACUUUCAUGGUGCUCACACGGGGGGGGGGGGUUGUUGUUAUCUUAUGACAAAUGGUACAGACGAGAUCUGGCUUUGUAAAGACGUUCAAUACACAAAAAGAAAAAUCCAAGAAGCCUCCGUUUUGCUGGAUGAAUGCAAAGCGGGUCAGCGGCGUUUUAUUGUGGUAUUUUUGGAGAUCCUCCACGAUAUUGUGUUUUUCUCCCCGAUAGUGUUUUUUUUUGCACUCGGCCCUCGAUUCGUUCCACUCUGCUUCCCAUUUUCCCCAACCGUGAUUCCUUAAGUUGCUGUAAAAAUGUAGUAUAUCACGUGACCGCUUUGACUCAUUGUAGAUGAGAUGUGCAAUAAUUCAACUGUAGCGCGUUUGCGAGCGGACCCAGAGGAUGAGACAUUCCUGGUCCGCCUGUGCCUAAAUGAAUAGGUUUACUGUGCUUUUGUUACAUUAACAAAAGAGUUAACGGCACCCGCGGCACAUUGAAUGAUGCCACAUGUAUGAGAGUUCCAUGUGUGCGUGGAAAGAUACAGUCCGUACUUUGUACUCCAAUAAACCAGGCCUUUAGUAA